AUGGAUGAAGAUGAAUCCACUUCAUUUCAUGAAUUACCAAUCAAUGACAGAGUAUCCAAUUUAUAAUAAAUAUAAACUUGGUUUUAGAAUUAGAAAUUAGCAAUUACAAAUACUGAAUUAUUUACUACUUAAAUCUUUGAUGAUCUUAAAAAAUAAUGUGAAUAAUAAAAUGAAAUCUUACAAAAAUCUACUGAAUUUCAAGAAACUAAAGAACUAAUAAAUUCUUUCUAUAGUAAAGCAUAAAGAAUUUGUUUGAAAAUUAAGAAAAAAACAGAACCUCGUUCUUAAUUAUAAGAGAGAAUUAAAUAUUAUAAAGUUAAAGAGGAUGAAGAGGUUGAAAAAAAUAGAGAAAUAUUAAUAGAAGUAAAGAAGAAAUUGUUAUGUAUAAUAAGAAUAUCUAAAGGAAUUCCAUUUAUUAUAAAUUUUAUAAAGAGUUAAAAUGUUAGAGAUAAAUAAUAUAAACUUACAUUAAUGGUUGAGGAUGCCUUAUUAGAUGGUAUCAAUUGGUAUCUAAUGUUGAAUGAUAUCAAAGAGUCUUAAUGGAAUAAAGAAUUACCUUAAGAAUGUAAAUUAAAAGAAAUUCUUCAUUAAUUAUUAACUAUUAUUUGGUAAUAGAGAUAAGAGUUAAAGAAUGAAUUAAAUGAAAUAUUUUUUAAAUUGAAAAAGACAUAAUUAAUAAAAUUGUUAGAUAAAUAAGGAGACAAAUCAGAAAAGAAUGAUAAAUUUACAUAAUAGUCAACAAAAAUUUUAUAGAAAUUACAAGAGUUUUGUAAUGGACUUGAAAAUAUCAAAUUAUCAUCAAAUAAGGCUAAUGGAUUAUAUUAUUUAUAAAGAAUUCUAUUAUCAUAUUGUUGGGUUAAAUAAAUAGAACUAUCAGAAAUGUUAUAUCAUACUAAAAUAACAGGUAGAUUGGAUAAAUUAAAAUAAGAUAGAGAUCAUAGUAAUGUUAUUAGAUUAAGAUAAAAAAUAACAUUCUUAAGAUUUGUUUAUAGAAUUCCAGCUGUAAAAUAAUGGUGUGAAUAAAAUUAAAUUAUACCUUUUGAAAUGUAAUCAAAUAUUCCUCAAUAUCUAUAAGAAUAAUAUGAUUAAUUUAUGAGUGAUAAAAAAGAAAAACUCUUUUCAGAUACAAAAGAAGAUUAUUUUAUAGAAUCUCAAUUGAAAUUUUUAGCCAAUAAUUUUCAAAUUUAUAAAAAUAAGAUUAGAAUUAUAUUCAAUGAUUUAAGAUUCAUAUAGAAUAAAUAGGAAAUCUAUGAAUUAUAUUAAGAAUAUGUUAGUAAAUAUGAUGGUGAUAUAGAUAAGGUUUAGAAUUUGUAAUUCUAAAAAUAAUAAAAGGAUAUUAUAAUAGCAUGUUGUAUAAGACAUUUAGAAAUUAAAUUAUCAAAUGAAGAUUUCACUAAAUCUGUAAUACCUUUAGUGAAAUUUGAUUUUUUAUUGAAAAAAGAGAAACAUUUUUAAUUUUAAUAGACAUCAUAUGAUAAAUCUCAAUAUUCUUUUUUAGCUAAACCUUCAUUAGUUAAGAUAUUUCUGAUUGAUAUAUUAGCAUAAGAACAACCAUUUCCAUAUAUAUUUGAAUUCAUUUAUUAUGAAGAUGGGAAAUUGUAAUAAUUUAUAAAGAGUACUACACUUUAAGGAUAAUUCUUUUAUUGUCCAUAAAUAAGAGAACAUUUAUCAAAAAGAUACUAAUUUAAUAUAAAAUUAAUAGAGAAUGAAAAUAAAGUGACUUUUACUUAUUUGCCUACUAUUCAUUAUGAUUAUGUUAAACCAGCAGCAACAGUUUUAUGGGAAGAUAUUUUAUUAUAUGAUUUGAAACUUAUUUCAUUGCAUAGAAAUUAAUUAAUAGAUGAAAUCAAUUUUAUGGUUAAUAGUAAUAAAUUUUAGACAAUAAAAUAAUAAAUUUAGUAAGAUGCAAAAUAUUUUAAUGAUCAUAUUAAAAUAAUGAAUGAAUUAGAAAUAUUUAAUAAUUUAUAGUCUAAUGGAAAGAAGUUGAGAUGUAUAUGA